GCGGCCGAGCGGGAGGAGACGUCGCGGCUGCUGGAGUGGAUGGGGGCGGCCGAGGAGGCCCUGGGCCUGCGGGACCGGGAGCCGCUGCCCCAGGAGCUGCAGCCGCUGCAGGAGCUCAGCGCCCAGCACGCGGUCUUCAUGGAGGAGCUGAACCGCAAGCAGCCCGAUGUGGAGAAGGUCACCAAGACCAGCAAGCAGAAGCUGAGCACAGAGCUGGGCCCUCCGGCUGCCCGCCGCCUGGCCACACGUCGCCGCAGCGGUGCGAAGGCGCAGGGGGUGCCGGCUAUGCCCCCGGGGGGGCUGGAGCCCCAGACCCCCCUCAUGGGCCAGGUCCUGCACCGCUGGCAGCAGCUCUGGCUCCUGGCCCUGGACCGGCAGUACCGGCUGGAUUCAGCCCUGCAGAGCCUGCGGGAGCUGGAGGAAUUCGCCCACUUCGACUUCGGGGUGUGGCGGCGGCGCUACGUGCAGUGGAUCGGGCAGAUGAAAUCCCGCGUCCUGGACGUUUUCCGAGGCAUCGACCGGGACCAGGACGGGCGGAUCAGCCAGCGGGAAUUCAUCGAGGGCGUCCUCUCCUCCAAGUUCCCCACCAACGUCCUGGAGAUGAACGCCGUGGCCGGCAUCUUUGACGUGAAUGGCGACGGCUUCAUUGACUACUACGAGUUCAUCAGCGCCCUGCACCCGCACCGGGACCCGCUGCGCCGCGCCGCCGACGCCGACCGCAUCCAGGACGAGGUGAACAGGCAGGUGGCCCAGUGCAACUGUGCCAAGCGCUUCCAGGUGGAGCAGAUCAGCGCCAACAGGUACCGGUUCGGGGAGUCCCAGCAGCUGCGGAUGGUGCGGAUCCUGCGCAGCACCCUGAUGGUGCGGGUGGGCGGGGGCUGGAUCGCGCUGGACGAGUUCCUGGUGAAGAACGAUCCCUGCAGAGUGAAGGGAAGAACCAACCUGAAGAUCAACGAGAAGUACCUGUCCCCGGACGCCCUCGGGGCCACCAAGUGCGGGGGGUCGCCAAGUGCCCCCUCCUCCAAGGCGCUGUCCCCGAGCCGCUCCAGCUCCAGCCUCAGCCUCUACAGCAGCGCCUCAGCCCCCAGCAGCCCCCUGGCCAAGAAGUCGGUGCUCCGGAGGACACGAUCCGGUGACCGGUGCCCCCGGCCCCGCGGCUCCCCCCUGCCCGAUGGGGCGGAGCUGCGGCUCCCCCCGCCUGAGGAGACCCCGGCCCCCCAAGAGCCCCCGGAAGGGUCCCCCCCUGAGCGCCGCAGCCCCUGCCGCUGACCCCCCCACACCCACUGGCCGCACUCAGGACCCAGGAUGGAGGAUGGUGAAGCUGUGGCCGUGCCCCCCGUGGGUCCCCGGGGCUGCAGACCCCCGAGCCACCUGUCGGUCAUCGACCCUGCAGGGCUUGGCCUGGCAUGUGUGCAAACAACCCCUGAUCCCCCCAAACCCUCCCGGGACCCCAGUGCAGCCCCCAUCCCUCUGGAGUUGAGCCCCCUGCCCUGCUCUGAGCACUUGGAGCAUCCUUGGGGUCAGCGGGGGCCACCUGGACCCCCUCAGGGCGGCCCCUGCCCCUCUCUCCCAGCUCCCACACCCUCAGGGGGUCUGCAGGUGCCCCCGGGUGGGGGACACCCCUGUCCUGCCCCAGGGGAGGUGGCCAGUGCCCCAGAGCCCCUGGCUGGUGCUGAGCCCUGUGUUGGUGCUAACCCCCUCCUCACCCCUCAGUGUGUGCAGGGGGGGCCCGGCUGCCCCUGCUACCCCCCAUCAGGGCUGGGGCUGCUGUGGGUGGGGGGUCCCCGGCGCCCACCUCCCACCUGAGCCCCCCACACACAGUGGGACCCCGGCCCUGCUGCUGCUGCACGCUGACCCCCUGACAGGAGAGCAGGGUGAGCCGAGCACGGCAGUGCGGCCCCCCCAGCACAAUAAACGGGGGGUCCCUUCUCUGGGGGCACCCGGGAUG